AUGACAACCAAAUUCAAUGUAACCCUUUUCUUAUAUAUUAGCUUAUUCAUUUCUUUAUGUUCAACUGAACAAUAUUUCCAAAGAUCUAAUUAUCCUAUUGAUAAAGAAGGUACUAGUAGUAGUAGUAGUAGCAGAGAAAAAUCCGAAAAGUCAUAUGAUCAAUUUAUGUUAAAUGAUUCACCAGCAUCAAAUGGAUAUAGUCUAUUACGUAAUGAUGUAAUUCGUCAACAUUUACAUGUAUGGCGUGGAUAUUCAGCACCAUUACUACAUGAACAUUUGCCUAUUUUACCACGUGCUCAAAAAGGUCAAGUCUGUCAUGUAGAAGUUGAAGAAUUUCAACCGUUAUUAUCAAUGGUUGGACAUUUAGAACCUAAAAAAUUUGACUGUUCUUUUGCUAAUGGAGAUGUGAUUUAUCGUCAUGAAGGUAAUCCACUUAUAAAUCAUGAUCAUGUACAAGUGACCAUCUUUUUCUUUCGUAAUAAUAAUUCAGUUGUACAAACUGUUGAUAUAAUGAUCGAUAUAGAAGAUCCACCAACAAAUUUAAUCAAUAAUUAUGAUAUGAACAAUGUUACAAAUCCAAUUAUUCACAAUGAUAAUAAUAAUACUAAUACAAUGAAUGAUAAUGAUAAAAAGCUUAACAUGAAACAAGGUUAUUUCAUAGGUCCAAUACCACAAAGUAGAAUUGAAAUAUUAAAAGAUUUGACAGUGAAAAAUCUUCGAGCUACAAGUGAAAGUAUCAGUUCAGAUAUAUUGAGGAUACGUUACAAUUUAGACAAAGAAGAAUGUCGUUUAGCCUAUGUUAGUCCAGAAUAUUUAAUAAAUAGAGGAUUAUUGGCAAAAAAUACUUCUGAUUGGUCAAUAUUAGGACGUUUAGGUGGUACACAAACACCAAAACUUGGUAUGCCAUUAACUUCAGGCAGUGCUGUUGGUGGAGUACGUAGAUGGCCAUUAUUUGGACAAAUUGUACAUUUUAAUCGAACUAUGGUUGAUUAUAUUGAUAGAGAUUGUCAAGAAGCACUGUUACAAGGUUACAGGUAUUUACAUCGUAGAGGUAACAGUUACUCAACCGAUUAUAUACCAAUUCAAAUAACAAUAUGGAAUCGUAUGAAUGACGGUUCAAGAGGUCAACAAAUAAUUGAGAGUAAAUUCCUUAAAGUAACAAUUUCAAAUGCACAAAAUCUGAAAUCACCUGUACUAAGAGCAUUUCGACAAAUAAAUGUUACACAUAUAGGUGGUAGUCUAUCAAUUCUUCCACGUGAUAGUAUAAGUAUUUCAAGAGAUUCAAUUCUUAGUUGGGAAUAUUUAGAUAUAAAUAUGACAAGAAUGCAAGGUCCAUUACAAGCUCAAAUAGUUAAUCUACGCGAUCCAACAAGACCAGUUACAAGUUUUCGUUUAGCUGAUCUACGUCAAGGAUUAAUAGCAUUACAAUUAUUAAAUUAUGCUGAAUCAUUAGUAAAAGUAUUUACCAUUACAAUGACAGCAAUUGAUCCAUACUUUCAAGUUAGUCAACCGGUGAAUUUACGUAUUGCAACAUUUUUACAACCGGUGGUGGAAAUAAAUUCUCAUACAUUGGCAUCAAAUGCACCACCAUCAUUUCAAGUUUUUAGUUUACCAUUAUUUACAUAUACCGGUGCAAUAUCAUUGAUACAAAAGCAUAAUAUUCAAGUUGUUGGUUAUAUUGAUGAAAGUAUGAUUGUCUAUACAAUCAGAUCAUGGCCAAAUGAAGAGAUCAAUUUAUACAAUAAAUUAGCAAUAAAUAAAUCACAAGGUCAAUUACUAUUAGAUGGUCAAUCAGCGUAUGGUGUAAAUUUUGGUCCACCACAUAUUGCUUCAAUGAGUUUGGCAUACAUUCAUACUGGUGAAUAUGAACCAACUGUAGAACGAAUUCCCCUAUCGAUAACAAUCCCUAGUUUAGUGAAUUCACGUUUGAGAUUAAAGCGUGAACAAAACACAACUAUAAAUCAUGACUAUUUCAAUGGAAAUAAUAAAAAUCUUCAUCAAAGAUAUCAACAUAAUGGAUCUGGUAAACAGCGUAGAAAAUAUAGAAGAAUAGCAAAUAGUUUACCAUUUUUACAAUUAGAAUUAUCAAUAAGAAUUGUACGAUUACAUAAUCAUAUUAACAAUGGUGCUUUAAAAUCAGGGAAUACAUUUCGUUUGCCAACAUUAUCAUCAAUAUGUUUUACAGCAGAAGAUUUUCUUACACCAGAAGCAUUAAAAGCUGUACGUAGUGAUAUCAUUAAUUUAGCAUUUGUUGUUAAAGUAGCACCUAGUCAAGGUGUAUUAGUUCGAUUGCCAAUUGUAAAAAAUUUCACUACUUAUCAUCAUCUCCAUAGAAACAAUCAUAACAACAAUCAACAGUUAAAUAUGGAUUACUAUACCGAUGAGAAGAUUCCUUUAGAUAAUAAUGAAAUAACAUAUAGUGAACAACAAGAAUUAAUGGAGAAAUCACAAAUUGGUGUUAUCCUUUUAUCUGAUUUAGAAACAGGUGAAGUGUGUUAUUUAAAUCAACGUCAUGAUCGUGCAACUGAUUUAAUGGGUAUUAAACAAAUUGGUCGUGUUGAUUUCCCAACGGUUUAUAUGACAUUUGAAAUACAACCUCCUAUACCUAUUAUACUUGUUGAAAGAAUGGAUCCAAAUGUUGUACUAAGAGUACGUGAAACAGCAUCAUAUGUUCCAUUAACAUCAUUACAUUUAAAUUAUGGUAUGGAAUGGAAUAUACCAUCACAUAAUUUUGAACAAUAUAAUCAAUCAAUGUUCAAUAAUCUUGGAUCAGAAAAUAUUACUUAUACUAUAAUUCAAGCACCAAGAUUAAGACAAUUAGAAGAUAUAAUCAAAAUGAAUAAGAAUGUAUAUAUUGGAACACAUGAUGCUGGUCGUUUAGUUAGUUUAUCAUCGAUCACAUCUAGUACACAUGUUGGUGAUAUGAAAUUACAAGCUGGUUUAGCAAUAAAUCUACGUGAAGCUCAAGUACCAUGUGUUACACAAUUUACACAAAGACAAAUUGAUGAAAAUGAUAUUGUUUAUGUGCCACCAACUCAAGAUAUUGGAUAUACAGAUCAAGACUUAAUAGUACGUUAUACUGUUUCUGGUCCCACUGGUUAUGAAUUAAAUAAUCGUGAAAUGCGUAUACAACUUGUAGCUGAAGAUAAUCAAAUACCAGAAGUUAAAAUCAUUGCCCCCUUAAGAUUACAUCGUGAUGGGGAAUUAAUUAUUGAUUCCAAUGUAUUAUCGAUUAAUGACUUAGAUACACCAGAAGAAAAAUUAUUCAUUCAAUUUGAAACUUUACCAAAAUAUGGUAAAAUUCUUAUCAAUCUAAUUGAAUCUACUCAAUAUAAUCAACGAAAUAAAAAUUUAAAUCUAUCACAAUACUUAUUAGUUGUUAAGAGUCAAAAUAUAUCGUAUAGUUUAUUUAAAAAGGGAAAGUUGAUUUAUCAACAAUCUGGUGAUAAUGUUAAACAAGAUUAUUUCAUUUUAACAAUAACUGAUGGUAUACAAAACUCAACACCAUUACAAGUACCCAUAGAAAUUAAACCAAGAAUAUUACAAGGUAAUAAAUGGCAUCAAUUAGUUAAUAAUACAAUAUUGGUGAAAGAGAAUUCAAGUGUAAUACUUACACCAUCAGUAUUCCCAAUGGAUACAACGGAUAUGACUGCAUUAUCAAAUGAUGUUUUAACUAUGUCCAAUGCACCACAAUACUUUGUUAUUGUAUUUCCAACUAAAGGCAAUUUAUUCAUAAAUCAUAAACAUAAAGUAUCACAAUUUACGUAUAAAGAUAUUUUAGAAAAUCGUUUAAGUUAUCGCCAUGGUCCAGCUGAAAUCGGCGUUAAAAAUGUUUAUGAUUUUGUAAGAAUAUGGGAUUUUAAUGCUGGUGAAACAUUCAGUUUAAAUUUUACAUUAAUGCCAGUGAAUAGUCAACCACCAGUAUUAAGAAGUGAAACAUUAUUACAGGUCAAAGAAGGUGAUAAAGUUGAAAUUACUCCUUAUAAUUUAUAUGCUACUGAUCCAGAUACAAAUGAAUCUGAUAUACAAUUACAUAUAAUACACCCCCCAAAAUGGGGUCAUUUAGAAUUAAUCAAUAAUAAUAAUAAUAAUACUAGUACUAUAAUUAAUCAUUUUAAUAUGAAAAACAUACGUGAUGGUUUCAUUUAUUAUGUUAAUUCUAUCCAUGAUAAUGGUAUAGAAUCCAUUGAAGAUCUAUUUACUAUUAAAGCAUUUGAUGGUUUAUAUUAUUCUUUAAAUAUUAUUGAAAUUAAAAUAGCCAUCCAGCCAAUUAAUGAUGAAAUACCAAAUGUACGUUUAUUAAAAUAUUUCUCUGUUACCAUGGAUACAAGAAAAGUAUUAACUCCUUAUUUAUUUCAUGUUAAUGAUAUGGAUAUACCAAAAGAUAUAUUACAAAUCAAUUUUAUUGAAUUACCUAUAUAUGGUAAUUUAUUAAUCUAUUGGCAACAUGGUGAAAAAUAUAUGAUAACAUAUAAUAGUAAUUCAAUUAUAGAAUCCUAUUUAGGUAUGUUAAAUUUAAUUUAUAUACAAAAUGCUUCAAUGCUUAAUACAUCACCACCAACAACAACAACAACGGGAACAGCAACGGCAACCCUAAAGAAUCAAUCAUAUCCUUCAUCUAUUCUAGCCAUAGAUCAAUUUACUGUAUCCGUAACGGAUGGUAAACAUAAAGUGGAACGUACAGCUUAUAUAUUAAUUCGUCCAAUCAAUCAUUAUCCCCCAGAAAUGUAUAUCAGUACUACUACUACUAAUAAUAAUGAUGAUGAUGAUGGUGAUGAUAUAAUAUUAGAUGGACAAAAAUGGACAAGAUUAGAUAAUCAAUUAAAUGGUCUUAUUAUUAAAGAUAAUGAUACAUCAGAAGAUGAUUUAAUUAUAACAAUAAUAGAAAAACCAAAAUAUGGUUAUAUACAACGUUUACCACGUAUGUUAUCAAAAGAUGGCAUUAUUGAUUAUUUAGAUUUAAUUGAAGAAGCAUGGGAUAUUGAAGAAAUGAAAGUUGGCAAUGAUAUACAAUCAUUAGCACAAUUAUCAGUAGCAGGAAGUAUUGGUGGACCUAAAACAAUUAAAAUAUUAGAUCGUGGUGAUCAAUUUACAAAACGUCAAAUAACUACUGGUCGAAUUCACUACGUUUACACAGGUCCUUAUCAAGAACAAUAUCUUACUGAUUCAUGUGUACUCCGUUUAUCUGAUGGACAAUAUUCAACUGAUCCUAUUACUCUACGUUUUCGUAUACGUCGAGUGGAUGGAACUAAUGGGGGAUUAAGUUAUUCAUCAUUGCCUUACCUUCCUAUCACUAAUCUACAACCUUUACGUCCAUUAGAAUAUCCAGAGAUGAAAGGUACAAUCAGUGAAGAGAAUGACAAAGAAGGAAAUCAAAUGCAUCAAAACGAUGCUUCCGAUACUACAUUAGAUUCAUUUAAUACUGCAAUAAUAACGGCUACAAUCAACAGAUUUACAUUUAUCCAAUAUAAAGACAUUAAAUUCGACAAAUUAAAUGAUAAUCAAAUUGAAAUAAUAUAUAAUUUAAAGGAUAAUAAUUCAUUAUCAUCAUGUGGACUAUUAGCACAUACAUCAGAUCCAUUAAAAAGUAUUAUGAAAUUCACUAAUAAUGAAGUACGCAAUCAUCAAAUUGUUUUUUAUCCAUUAAAUUGUGAAAAUUAUUAUUUAAAUAAACAAUUUCAUUACGAUUUUAUAAUAACCAAUUCCCUUGGUGAUUAUUUAGGUCAAAAAUCAAUAAUAAUAUCUAUUCAAAAACAGAAAUAUCAUCAUCUACCUGAAUUACAACCAUAUUCUAGCCUAAUCAUCCUCCCUUAUACAGAUACUAUAAUUAAACCUAAUCAUUUAUCUAUGAAAGAUAAAGAUACUAAUCCUAAUCAUUUAAUUUAUUUAAUCUCAACAAACUAUAAUAAUGAACAAUCUAAACAAUAUGGUCAAUUCAUUAAUCAUUAUAAUCAUACAAUUCAUUGUUUUACUCAAUCACAAAUUAAUUCAAAUCAUAUUCUAUUUAGUUCAUAUUCAAACAACAAUCCUUCAUCAUUUAUCAUUGACUUAUAUUUAUUUGAUGCUGGUGAUAUAGGACCUAUUCAUAACUUAAAUCAAUUAUGUAAUCAUAUUCUAUCAUAUACAUUUAAUAAUAAUAAUAAUACAAAUAUUCAAUAUAAUUUUAAUCCAUACUAUGAAAGAAUGUUAUAUACUAUUAAACAAAAUGAUACAAAUAUCAUUAAAACAAAUGAACCGCUUAAAUUCAAUGUUCAAUAUCGAGACUUGAAACGUUUAAAUAAUAAUAAUAAUAAUAAUAAUUUAUUAAUCAAUAAUAGUAAUAAUAAUAUUGAUUUAUUGAUUAAUAAUGCUCCAAAACCUGAUCACUUAGAAACUAUUCUACCAGGAUUAGUUGGAUUCUAUUUAAAUAGUGAAAAUAUUUAUGCAUUAAAUCCAUGGAUUCAAUAUAAAUUAAUAAAUAAUCAUAAAAUGAAUUGUAUAUUAUAUAAUAAAAUUAAUAAUAAAACAAUUUAUGAUUAUUUUUAUCAAAAUGAUUUAAAUAGACGUAAAUUAGUAGUGAUAUUAUUAAAAGAUAAAAAAAAAUUUAAAAAAUAUUCAUCGUCAGCAUCAUCGUCGUCAUCAUCGUUGUCGUCGUCGUCGUCAUCAUCAUCAUCAUCAUUAUCUACAUUGAAUGAUACAGUUUGUAAAAUCGAAUAUGAACUAUAUAAUGUAGAUAAAUCAGUGGAAAGGAAAAGAUAUAGUUUGGAAUUAAGUUGGAUUACUCUUGGCUUCGAUCAUAAAGUAUAUACAAUCUGUCCAGAAAGAGGUAUUCUAACAUUAACUGUAAUACGAAAGGGUACAAAUCAAGCGUUACAAUCAACUUUAACUGAUGUUUACGUUGGAUUAUCGUCUGAUACAGCGAUCGAAGGAAAAGAUUUCAGUCUACAUUCACAAAAACUAGUCGUAUUUCAUAAAGGUGAACUAAAAAAAGAAGUACUGAUAAGUUUUCAUCCAACUACAAAAGAUUUUACCGAUCAUAAUUUACGAUUUUAUGUUGAUCUUAAAUCACCGACUGGAGCUAUUUUAGAUCAAAAUUAUAGAGCUGAAGUUAUUGUAUCUAACAAUCAUGAAAAAUGUCAAUCAAAAUCCUACUUUACACCGAUAAAACUAGGAGAUGAGACAACUAAAGUAGUAAAUAAUCCAGUAAAACGAGAUCUUACAAGUAUAAUUCACUCCAAUGUGAAUCAAAUACGAAAUAAUCCAAUUUAUUUAUCUGAUGCACAAAUGAAUAAUGAUAAUCACGGUGAUGAUUAUUUGAAAGACUUUAAUUGGCAAUCAAAUCAACAAUAUAAAAUAGAAAAUGAUUCAAUCAAAAAUCGCAUUAGUUUAACUGAAUGGCUUGCAACAAAUGAUUUACCAGAUUCUAAAACGUUAAGUGCGUCCUAUGAAAACUAUAUGCAUUCAAAUAAGCAUACAAUGCAUUGUUUAAAUGGAUGGAAAUUUUAUCAACAUCGUUGUUAUCAACUAUAUGAAAAUAAAGAAAUAACUUGGGAAGAAGCACGAAAUUACUGUGAACUGCAAGAUGGAUUUUUGACUAGUAUUACAGAUGAGACCAAUUUGAAAUGGUUAGCUGAAAUAUUUCAAAUACGUAAACCAUUCUGGAUAGGUCUUCACCAAACACAACCACGUGGAUCAUGGGUUUGGCAUAAUUUCGAACAUGUUGGUUUUACAAAAUGGGAUAAAGGAUACCCAGUCAAUACAAAAUGGCGAACACCAACUAAUAAGCAGAUAAAACGUAAACACCACCUAACACAAAAACAAAAACGUUACAGAGGACCUAAAGCUUGUGUACUUGUAACUCCUAAUUUAUAUUGGCAAAAUCGAUUUUGCAAUCGAAUAAUUACAAAUGUGAAUUUUAUAUGUAUGAAGAAUCCUGAAAUAUUCUAA